GGCUAAAGCUGUCGAUAUUUACCCUUUUCGGCGCUCUGAAUAACUAAGCAACAGCGAGGAGAUCACGCCCUCAGACAACAAUUUCCGACACAGCAUUUCUCUGCAACCCCGUAAAGUGUAACCAACCCCGUGGAACUGCCAAGAAGGACGACAGCUGCGGGCCCGGGGCAAGCAAUCUCGGAAUUUGGAACCCAUCGGGAAACCCCGAAACCCCGUCACCCCUGUCAAUUGCCCUUCGUUGGUUGCGCAGAUUUUUGCACACUCAAAUACUCUGACUGCAUGGCACUUUUUCACUCGAGCAAACAAUCAUAUUGGAAAAGGCCUUUUUAUCGCAUAUAUACAAUCAGUUGGCAACCAAAAUGGAUACACACAGCUACACCUCCCCCGAAACCUUUUCAGAGAUACACAAGACCCUGAACGCGACCUUUGCAUCGGGAAAGACAAAGUCGAUAGAAUGGCGCAAGUGGCAGCUCAAACAGCUCUGGUGGCUCGUCCACGACAACGAGCAGCUCAUCAUCGAAGCCCUGGCGCAGGAUCUCGGCCGGCACGAGAUGGAGUCGCGCGCGGCGGAUCUGUCCGGCCUCAAGAGCGACAUCCUCGAGCACAUUAAGCACGUCGAGGAGUGGGCAGCCACCGAGCCCGUCAAGGGAGCCGGCGUGCUCUUUGGCACCCUGGGCGGUGCGCACAUCCGCAAGGAGCCCCUCGGCGUGGCCUUGAUCAUUGGCGCCUGGAACUUUCCGGUCAUCUUGGCGCUGCAGCCCGUCAUUGCCGCGAUCGCUGCCGGGUGCUGCGCUAUCAUCAAGCCGUCGGAGCUGGCCGGCGCGUCCGAAAGGGUCAUCGUCGAGCUGGCGAAUCGCUACCUCGACGGCUCGGCCAUCAGGGUCGUCAAGGGCGGGCCCAAGGAGACGGCGGAGUUUUUGGAGUAUCGCUUCGACCAGAUCUUCUUCACCGGCUCGACAAAGAUUGCAAAGUUUGUCGCCGCCGCCGCCGCCAAGCACCUCACCCCGACCGUCUUGGAGCUCGGUGGGCAGUGCCCGGCCGUCGUCACCAAAACGGCAGACGUCGACCUGGCGGCCAAGAGGAUUGCGUAUGUCAAGUUUCUCAACGCCGGACAGAUUUGCCUGUCGGUCAAUCACGUAUUUGUUGACCCUGCCGUCCACGACCAGUUUGUCGACAGCUUGAAGCGAUGGACCGUCGAGUUUGGGGCGUCGGGCCAAAUGUGCAACAUCAUCAACGAGAGAAACUACGAUCGAUUGAGUGGAAUGUUGGAAAAGACCCAGGGCAAGGUUCUUUGUGGAGAAAAGGGGUCCAGAGAGACCAAGAAGCUUCCGGGCACCGUGGUCGACCAGGUCACCAUGUCGGACUCCCUCUUGAGUGAGGAACUAUUCGGACCCAUCUGUCCUGUCAUCACAGCUACCCCGAACGAAGCAAUCGCUGCCAUCAACUCCCUCCCCCGCCCACUAGCCCUGUACGUGUUUAGCAACGACCAAAAGGAGAUAGACCACGUCCUGAGCAACACAAUCUCGGGCGGCGUGACGAUAAACGACGCCCUCAUGCACGCCGCCGUGCCCAACGCACCUUUUGGCGGCGUGGGCGACUCCGGCAUGGGCUACUACCACGGCCGGCACGGCUUCGAAGUCUUUACGCACAAGCGGACCGUGUUGGCGCUGCCCAGGUGGCUCGAGGGCGUCAUGUCGUUCCGCUACCCGACCUACGACGUCAAGCACGCCGGCAAGAUGGCCGUCAAGAACAAGCUGGGCUUCCAAAGGGGCGAGACCAUGGCGGACCAGAGGGUUGGCGGGUUCAAGGCCGGCGCGGCUCUGCGUAGAGCGUUUGUCUGGGCGGCGGUGAUCGGCGCUGGGCUGUACUGGAUUGACGAUAUUCGGUCGGCCAAGUUGGCGGUGUUGGGCUUCGUGAGGCGUCUUGUGGGCGGGGAGCUGUAGGAGCUUUUCUUUUGUUGUUGCGGGUCCACUGUAUUGAUGUAUACUAUUAUAUCGUAGCGGAACUUGGCAUUUUUGAUGUAGACUUCUCAC